GAUGCGUAGACGUGAGCCUGGGAGAGAUGUUAAACGUGCAGCUGAGGAAGAAUUUAUCGAGUUAGAGAGACGUACGGAUACGUACGAAGAUGCCGUUCUCAACGAAGAUCCACAGAUGAAGGGAUUCAGGUUUCCAAGCAUCUUGUCGUUCCCGGUACCAAACAAGACUAUUGAGACUGGUGUUACAGACGAGAAUCCAUUCUCUGCGAGGAAAUCCGCGUUUUUCACAAAUCGACUGAUUGGAAGAGAGGAGAGCGAUUCAUCAUCUUCCAGAGAAGACUCUCCUCUUGGUUCCACGGAAACUGGAGAAUCUUGUUCCACUACUGACGAUGAAGAAUCAAAGGAGAAAAGGAUAGAGUACCGUGAUUCCCAAACGCAGCGGUGUCUUGGAUUCUGUUUUCGACAGUUAUUUUUCUCUCGGAUGUGGGUAUUCAUUCUCCAAUUCAUAGCCUCCUACUACGCUGGUGAUCGGUUUCGGACAGAUGGAUUCAAUUUAGUUGAUAAACUGAUCGAACCAGGACAAUCAGUCUUUGGUGAUGUCGUAGUUCGUCGUGGACUAAUGGGACUUCGUCGUUGGGAUGCUCAACAAUUCUUGUUUAUUGCUGAGCAUCACUACAUAUUCGAGCAUUCUCUUGCUUUCUUUGCUGGAUUUCCAGAGACUGUGAACUACGUUCGAGUCGGAGUAAACAACGGAAUGGAAAGUGUCUUCGGAUGGACUUUCCCACCGUGGGUAACCAUAACAUUAGCCGCAGUGUUCGUCAAUUUGUUCUGCUUUCUGCUUUGUGGAAUGACUCUUUAUCAAGUUGUACUAAUCAUGACCAGGAGUGUGAAAAUAUCUCUUCUGGCUGUUUCUAUUUUCGCAUUCAAUCCAGCAUCAAUCUUCUUUUCCUCCGCUUACUCGGAAUCGAUGUUCUUCACAAUGACUCUGACUGGUUUCGUCUUUAUGCUUUUUGGUCUUCGUGGGAAAGGUUUUUGGCACCGAAUGCUUAAAGGCUUCACCGGUACGAUCUGUUUUGGGUUGACCUUCGCUGUUCGAUCGAACGGACUUCUCAAUUUCCUUUACGUUGCAUGGAUCUGGUGUGGAACACUUCUUUGGGAUGAGGAGAUGCCAAUUCCAGAUUGUCACAAACUCAUAUCAACACUUGCCGCUACAAAAAACGAACGUUAUAAACAAGAAUGGCAGGCAAAAUUUUGGAGAUUCCAGCAGAAGCGGAAACAAAAUCGGAAAGUAUUCAGAUGGACGGAUCCUAACUUUUCUCGCUGUGUUACUUUAUUCAUUGUAAUCGUUUGUGCUAUUAGUGCGACACUUCUCUUCUUCACUCCAUACGUUUUUAUGACGAAUUUUACCGCCGACGAAUUUUGCAAACCACAAGAUUCUCACAAACAAGCGGUUGAGACUAUCGCCAAAACUGUUCGACUCUCUCCGAAGACUGUCAGUGUAAAGAAUGCUUGGGAGAAAACGACUUGGUGCAAGAAACCGAAGCUAUUUGGAAUCAUUGCUCGAUACUACGGCGAGAUUCAGACGAAAUAUUGGAGUGUCAAAUUCUUCGGAUACUGGAAGAUCAAGAAAAUCCCAUGCUUUUUGAUGAUGCUCCCUGCAGCGAUUCUGACUGUGCUAGCAAUCAAGUCAUCGUGGAAUGAUGUAUUCUUAAAUAAGCGAUGGAACAAUAUAUGGGUGCUCACUGCUCGUUCAGACCACUCCCUACCAAUGGCCAUUCAUUCUUCGGUUCUUCUUUUUGUUGCCAUCUUCUACAUAAACUCCGAAGUAUUUACUCGCAUCAUCUUUUCUUCCAGUCCAUUUAUCUACAUUUACAUUGCCACGUACAUCGAUAAGCUGACACAAGGGACCAUUGCUGGAAACCGCCUUUGGCAGUACUUUGAAUCUCCAGGAAUCUUGCCAUUCUUCGUAUUCAGACGUGUUUGGCAAGACGGAUGGCGUGGAAAAUUGCUCUACAUCUACAUCCUCGGUUACUUCGUUUUCGGAACAAUGGCUCAUUCUGCAUGGCUGCCAUUCACCUAAUCAUAAUCUAAUCUCUUCAUGAAAUUAUAACACAUUCAUUUAUUUUUAACAUGUGCCUUUCCCCCUGUUCAUCCUUCGCUGCCAGUUUCAAAAUUCAUUAAUUAAUUUCCUUAUCCGUUUAACUAUAUAUAUUUAUCCACUUUAUCAUAAUAUGUGAUAUUACACUUGAUCUAUGUCAUUUAUGUUUUCUGGUAUAAUAGCUUUCUUGAAUGAUGUGCCAUCUAUAUAGCUUUAAGAAUUACUAUUUACUGGCAGUUUAGUAUGUCUAUCGUUUGAAUCGAAAUCAAAUGUAUUUAUCAAUUUAGAGGUGAUCUGAAUAGAUAUGUAAAUAUGGAUU